GGAGGCUCUGGAGAUGUUGCUCUCGGGGGGACCUCCAACAGCUCAAGGCCAUCCCUUGGCUGAUUAUCAUUAUGCAGGCUCUGAUAGAUGGACACCUGAGGAGAAGGAGGCCUUCCAAAAGGCUUUCCACACCUACGGCAAGGAUUUCCAUCUCAUCCAGAAGAAGAUCCCGAGUAAGACCGUGGCACAGUGUGUGGAGCACUACUACUGCUGGAAAAAAGAGCAGAAACUUGCCAGCAGCACUCUUGCUCACACUGCGGGCAAACUGAAGAGGAGCAAAAGCCCUCCCAGGAAGGAGACAGGGGAGACAGGGAAGAGAAGCCGCAAGCGGGCUGGCACCUGA